AUGGCUAUUCAGGGUGCAGUUAGAUUGGUUUUUCCAAAUUCCCAUCACCGUCUUUGCAUGUGGCAUAUAAUGAAGAAGGUUCUCGAGAAGCUUGGAGGUUUAAAUGAAUAUAAAGCAAUCAAGAAUAUUUUGAAACACAUCAUGUAUGAAGCAGUGGAUACUCAAGAGUUUGAAGACACGUACUUGAAGAUGAUGGCGGACUAUAAAAUUGAGAAUAAUGAAUGGCUGAAUUCUCUAUUCAAAAUUCGUGAUCGUUGGGCUCAUGUAUAUGUUAAAGGCAUAUUUUGGGUUGGAAUGUCUACCAUUCAAAGAAGUGAAAGCGUAAAUGCAUUUUUUGAUAGUUAUGUUGGUCCGACGACUUCACUGAAGCAAUUUGUUGAGCAAUAUGAUAAUGCCUUGAAAAGCAAGAUUGAGAAAGAGAACAAAGCUGAUUUUGCUUCAUUCAACUCAUUCUGCUCAUUUAAGGUGUCUGACGUUGUCAAAGGGAAAGAAGGUGCAUUUCGAAAACAAGUGGUAUAUAAUGUUUACACUAACGAGGAAGAAUUUGACAUUAAAUACUCUUGUCAGUUGUUUCAGUUCAAGGGAAUUAUUUGUAGGCACAUUUGCAAGGUGCUUAUUGAGAAGAAUGUGAAAGACAUUCCUUCUAGGUAUAUUUUACCACGAUGGAGGAAGGAUAUCAAAUGCAUGCAUACAUAUGUACAGAACUGUUAUGAUGACCCGCAAACCAAUGAGGAGAAACUGCGGUACAAUAAAUUGUGUUCUCAUUUCACUAAAGCCGCAGAACUUGGAGCAGAGUCAAGUGAUAAAUACAUGUUCUUGAUGAAAUAUGUGGAUGAGGCAAUCGAGAAGUUAAUGGACAACACAACUUGCAAGGAAAAAUUUACACCUAUGUUGUCGGAGGAGAUUAAUGUGACACACCAAAAAUUUCUCACACCUUUAAAGGUGCAGAGUGAAUUCAAAUUCUAUAUCGAUCAAUCUAGACAUGCAUCACAGUUCUUCUUUAGGUUUCACAAGGCAAUGCAAGGAUCUUUGAUUAAGGGAAUCGUAUUGUGGUGCAAGUUACUUAUAUGGCGCAUGGGUUAA